AUGAAGCGCCCGUCUUUCGAGCCCCAUAUUCCAAUAGGGACAGACUCUCACCCAUAUCCAGAUCACGGAAGCAAACCCCACAGCUUCAGUUUACUCGGUACAGAUGAUGGAAAGGGACGUUUGCAACAGUGCCAGAAUUUCAGAGAUGUUCGGGGCGAUAGGCUAAGGCACUGGUUUGCCUUUACGGGCAUGCGAGGGCAUGCGCUCAUUGAGCAGGUGGUGAAGAUUGACAUCACUGAGGAGGAGGCUGCUGCUCUUCGGGAGGAGAUGGACCAAGUCUCCGAAUUCCAAAGGCUCCUGCGAGCAAGGCUGAACUUCAAAGGCUUCACGACUCUGGAUGCCGAGUUCACGCUGGCAGCCUUUUUCCACCCCACGGCGGUGAAGAUCCUCAAGCGGAAGCCGGGUGGCAAUACGGCUCAUUCUUCGUGA